AUAUCAGUUAAAGUGCUUUGUGUUAAGUUGUGUGUUUGUGUAUCGCUUGCACAGAUGCUUGUGCAAGCUUAAUUUGUACGUAUCCUUUGAUUCAAUUUAUAAUUGAUUGAAAACCUGAAAAAAAUAUUCAAAAAUAAUAAAAUGGCUGUGAACAGUUCAUUCAUAAGAAUGGCAAUAAUUGCCAUAACAUUUAUAAUUGCCAUGGUUUAUGGUUUUUCUGCUCAUACAUCACAUAUUAGCCAUAUGCCAGCAAAUGUUGAUCAUUUAUCAGUCUAUACAAGUGCAUUUCCAGCCAAAAUGGACCUCAGUACACCAUUAGUAUCGGGUAUAUCGGUUGGUCGUUAUAAUUCAAAACGUGAAUAUUCACCCGAAUUGGCACGUAUUUAUACACGUUAUUUAUCAAAUGAUAUGACUAUUGGUGCAUUAUGUCCAAAUAAUCAUGCUAUACAUGAUGGUUCAACAGUUACUGAAGAUGAUAUUAAUGAAGCUAUUUCAUUUGCAUCACAACAGAUACAAUUAUAUGAAAAUGCUAAUCAACAAUAUUUAGCCAUCGAUCCACGUGGUUUGAAUUUUAGUGCAUAUAUUUUUGGUGCAUUACUUCAAGCACGUUUCAAUGAAUUUAUUACUCAAUAUUUAACAAGCAAAAAAUGUAUUAAUAAAUAUAAUACGGCAGCAAUUUUGCCAACAAUAAGAAUACCAAAAAAUACGAAUCUAAAUCAAGAAUAUUGUAAUAUUGAUAAAUCUGAAUCCAAUGAUAUUCAUUGUGAUCCAAAUUAUAAAUAUCGUUUAAUGAAUGGACGUUGUAAUAAUUUGGCUUUUCCUAAUUGGGGUUCCUCAUUUCAUUGUCAUCGUCGAUUAUUACCACCAGAUUAUUCAGAUGGUAUUAAUCAACCACGUGUUUCAAUUACUGGUGCACCAUUGCCAAGUCCACGUUUGAUUACACAAUUUUUAAUUCCGGAUAUUCUUGUACCGGAUCCUAAUCUAUCCGGUAUGAAUAUGGCAUGGGGACAAUUUAUGGUACAUGAUAAUUUCCGUACAAUACAAAAUCUUGGUUUGGCAAUCAAUUGUUGUCUAAUACCAAAUGCAACUGUUCAUCCGGAAUGUGUUCCAAUAACAAAUUUUCCACAAGAUGAAGCAACAGCUUCAUUUAAUAAUCAACAAUGUAUUAACACUGUACGAUCUAUUGCCUGUAAUACAUGUAGUCUCGGUCCACGUGAUCAAUUAAACGUUGCAACACAAGUAUUGGAUCUUUCCAAUCUUUAUGGUGGUAAUCUUAUAGAUGAUUCAUUAACAUUAAGAAAAUUUCAAAUGGGUCUUAUGCGUGGUUCACUUGAUUUAAUGGGUAAUGAUACAUUGCCUGUACGAAGAUUGCCUAAAGAACAAGAUACAUUAGAUCUUACACCAUGUAAUGAACCAUUAAGUAAUCCACAAUUAACCUGUUACCAUACUGGUGAUGGUAUUCGUGGUAAUCAAAAUCCGGGUAUCAAUUCUAUUCACAUUAUGUUACGUCGUCGUCAUAAUAUGCAUGCUAAAGCAUUGGCCAUUAUUAAUCCACAUUGGGAUGAUGAAAUUCUUUUCCAGGAAGCCAGACGACUUUUGAUUGGUGAAGUACAAAAAAUUCAUUUUGGCGAAUAUAUGCCUUCAAUUUUGGGUGAAAAAUUGAUGAAAUAUUUUGAUUUGGAAAUCUUACCUGAUGGUUAUAGUAAAUAUGAUCCAACAAUUGAUCCAUCAACUAUACAAUCAGUGGCUGUAGCAAGUCUUCGUAUGGGACAUUCACAAGUAUUUUCAUUAUUCAAUGUGAUCAACAAACAAACACCAUCUUAUUCAUUCUUGUUGAGAAAUAAAUUCUUUGAAAUGUCCGACAUAUGGGCCGGUAAUACAAACGGUAUCCUAAGAGGUCUUGUUGAAGAACCGGAUAAUUCAGUUGAUCAAUUCGUUGUUAGUGAUGUUAAAAAUUUCCUUUUCUUCAAUCCGCGUAAUCCACAAAUCAUUGAUUUGCCUGCUAUCAAUACGAAUCGUGGUCGUGAACACGGUGUUCCUGCUUAUGUUUAUUUCCUUGAAUAUUGUACAGGAUAUCAGAUUAAAAGCUGGCAAGAUUUGAUUCGAUUCAUACCGGAUCGUCGUAUUAAAGAAUUACAAGCUAUUUAUGCUGAUUUCCGUGACAUUGAUCUUUUUAUCGGUGGUUUAUCGGAGACCAAAGCAUUUGGCUCGAUUUUAGGACCAACAUUUGGUUGUUUGAAUGGCAUUCAAUUUCAUCAUUGGAAAUUUGGUGAUCGAUUCUAUUUUGAACAUGGUGGAGAAGCUGGCAGUUUCAGUAUUGAUCAAUUAAAUAAUAUCCGACAGACAGCAUCAUUGGCAAAUUUAAUGUGUAAAACAACCGAUGCUGAAACAGUACAAAUGAAUCCACAAUUUCGACCAUCCGAAACGAAUCCAAAAAUAAUUUGUGCAACAAUGCCAGAAAUUAAUUAUGAAUUGUGGAGAGAAUAUGGUCCAUGGAAAAAAUAAUUUCAACAAAAAA